CCCUCUGGACGGGGAACCGGUGGGAGAGGACGACGGCCGGAGGGGGGAGGAGGCGGCUCUAGCGCCAUUUUGUGGGAGCGAAGUGGUCGCUGGGCUGCUGUUGGAUUCGUCGCUGCUUCAGUUUCUCUGUCGGGCUUCCUAGCAGCGGCCUAGCGGCAAGACAAGCAAAGAUGUCCGAAUAUAUUCGGGUAACCGAAGAUGAGAAUGACGAGCCCAUUGAAAUACCAUCAGAAGACGAUGGGACAGUGCUGCUGUCCACAGUUACAGCCCAGUUUCCAGGGGCAUGUGGGCUUCGCUACAGGAAUCCAGUGUCUCAAUGUAUGAGAGGUGUCCGUCUGGUAGAAGGAAUUCUGCACGCCCCUGAUGCUGGCUGGGGGAACCUGGUGUAUGUUGUCAACUAUCCCAAAGAUAACAAAAGGAAAAUGGAUGAAACAGAUGCUUCAUCAGCAGUGAAAGUGAAAAGAGCAGUCCAGAAAACAUCUGAUUUAAUAGUGUUGGGCCUCCCAUGGAAAACAACUGAACAGGAUCUAAAAGAAUAUUUUAGUACCUUUGGAGAAGUUCUUAUGGUUCAGGUCAAGAAAGAUAUUAAAACUGGUCAUUCAAAAGGGUUUGGCUUUGUUCGUUUUACGGAAUAUGAAACCCAGGUGAAAGUAAUGUCACAGCGACAUAUGAUAGAUGGACGAUGGUGUGACUGUAAACUUCCAAAUUCUAAGCAAAGCCCAGAUGAGCCUUUGAGAAGCAGAAAGGUGUUUGUUGGGCGUUGUACGGAAGACAUGACUGCUGAUGAGUUGCGGCAGUUUUUUUGCCAGUACGGAGAAGUGGUAGAUGUCUUCAUUCCCAAACCGUUCAGGGCUUUUGCCUUUGUUACGUUUGCAGAUGAUCAGGUUGCCCAGUCUCUUUGUGGAGAGGACUUGAUCAUUAAAGGAAUCAGCGUACAUAUAUCCAAUGCUGAACCUAAACACAAUAGCAAUAGACAGUUAGAAAGAAGUGGAAGAUUUGGUGGUAAUCCAGGUGGCUUUGGGAAUCAGGGUGGAUUUGGUAACAGUAGAGGGGGUGGAGCUGGUUUGGGAAACAAUCAAGGUAGUAAUAUGGGCGGAGGGAUGAACUUUGGUGCUUUUAGCAUUAAUCCAGCAAUGAUGGCUGCAGCCCAGGCAGCUCUGCAGAGCAGCUGGGGUAUGAUGGGCAUGUUAGCCAGUCAGCAGAACCAGUCAGGCCCAUCAGGUAAUAACCAAAGCCAAGGCAACAUGCAGAGGGAGCCAAAUCAGGCUUUUGGUUCUGGAAAUAACUCUUAUAGUGGUUCUAAUUCAGGUGCAGCAAUUGGUUGGGGAUCAGCAUCAAAUGCAGGGUCAGGCAGUGGUUUUAAUGGAGGCUUUGGCUCAAGCAUGGAUUCUAAAUCUUCUGGCUGGGGAAUGUAGACAUUGGGUUAUCGUUAGUUGGUAUAAACUGGUGGGAAUUCAGAUUUUUCUAAACUCAUGGUAAGUAUAUUGUAAAAUACGUAUGUACUAAGAAUUUUCAAAAUUGGUUUGUUCAGUGUGGAGUAUAUUCAGCAGUAUUUUUGACAUUUUUCUUUAGAAAAAGAGGAAGAGCUAAAGGAAUUUUAUAAGUUUUGUUACAUAAAGGGUUGAAAUAUUGAGUGUUUGAAAGUGAACUGCUGUUUGCCUGAUUGGUAAACCAACACACUACAAUUGAUAUCAAAAGGUUUCUCCUGUAAUAUUUUAUCCCUGGACUUGUCAAGUGAAUUCUUUGCAUGUUCAAAAUGGAAACCAUUGGUUAGAACUACAUUCUUUUCUCCUUGUUUUAAUUUGAACCCCACCAUAUGGAUUUUUUCCUUAGGAAAAUCUCCUUUUUGGAGAUCAUGGUGUCACAGUGUUUGGUUCUUUUGUUUUUUGUUUUUGUUUUUUAACACUUGUCUCCCUUCAUAUACAAAAGUACAAUAUGAAGCCUUCAUUUAAUCUCUGCAGUUCAUCUCAUUUCAAAUGUUUAUGGAAGAAGCACUUCAUUGAAAGUAGUGCUGUAAAUAUUCUGCCAUAGGAAUACUUCCGUCUUCAUGCUUUCUCAUUCAAGAAUUCGUCACGCUGCACAGGCUGUGUCUUUGACGGUGGGUGUCCCAUUUUUAUCCGCUACUCUUUAUUUCAUGGAGUCGUAUCAACGCUAUGAACGCAAGGCUGUGAUAUGGAACCAGAAGGCUGUUUGAACUUUUGAAACCUUGUGUGGGAUUGAUGGUGGUGCCGAGGCAUGAAAGGCUAGUAUGAGCGAGAAAAGGAGAGAGCGCGUGCAGAGACUUGGUGGUGCAUAAUGGAUAUUUUUUAACUUGGAGAGAUGUGUCUCUCAAUCCCUGUGGCUUUGGUGAGAGAGUGUGCAGAGAGCAAUGAUAGCAAAUAACGUACGAAUGUUUUUUGCAUUCAAAGGACAUCCACAUCUGUUGGAAGACUUUAAGUGAGUUUUGUUCUUAGAUAACCCACGUUAGCUGAAUGUGUUAAGUGAAACGAUACUUGUAUUUCCCCUACCCCUUUGUCAACUGCUGUGAAUGCUGUAUGGUGUGUGUUCUCUUCUGUUAUUGAUCUGUAAGUGUGGUAAUGUGAACUGAAGCUGAUGGGUUGAGAACAUGGACUGAGCUUGUGGUGUGCUUUGCAGGAGUACUUGGAAGCAGAGUUCACCAGUGAGCUCGGGGUGUCUCAAAAUAGGGUGGAAGUUCUAAUGUCUGUUAGCUACCCAUAAGAAUGCUGUUUGCUGCAGUUCUGUGUCCUGUGCUUGGAUGCUUUUUAUAAGAGUUGUCAAUGUUGGAAAUUCUUAAAUAAAACUGAUUUAAAUAA